AAACGAUAUUCUUCAAUCUCUUAUUUGUCACAUUAUCCCGAUACACUUAUUAUAAUUGCUUAAUUGAACAGUAGAACACGCAACACCGACUAGAAUUUCAUCGUAGGGCCACCUUGCCGGAGCUUUAUUCCCGAUUUGCUUCUAUCUUCAAUUUGAUUCCUUGCUUAAAAGUUAAAACUCAAAAUUAUGCAAAGGAAGAGUAAAGCUACGCGGUAAUACCAACAUCAAUUUCAAGCCCUUACUUUUUCACUUUCACUCUUGGCCCAUCGUCUUAUUCCGCGUUCACUUUCACUCUCACAAAUGACCCCUUCACCCGUUGAGUAUAUAUUAGCCACAUUGCCCAUAUAACCUUCAUUCCCAACUUCCCAUCCCCUCUUAUAUUUUACUCGUACUCGUGUCAGUACCCGUUCAACCUCGCUUAUAUUUAAGCUUAUUAGUCGUCCCCCACCAAAACCCCGCGAUUCGCGGCACCCCCAACUAUAUAAAACUCCCUUCAUUCAGUCGUUCCCUCACUUUCUCUCUCCUCCAAACCCCCCCCCCAACAACCUAACCAUGGCGGCAGCAACAGCAGCACCACCAGCAACAAUCACCAUUGCUGAUGCGAACCCGAACCCAAACAACGACCGCUACGACGUCAAUUUCUACGGCAACCACCUCAUCAAAACCACCGUCACCUCCGACCCUUCCGUGGUGACCUCCUGGAUCGCCGCCCUCCCCACCGCCACCUCCGCCGCCGCACCUCUCAUCGUCGGUCUCGACAUCGAAUGGCGCCCCAACUUCGGCCGCGGCUACGACAACCCCGUCUCCACCAUCCAACUCUGCACCACCACCACCACAACAACCACCGCACACGGCGGAGCCGGCAACCAAUCAAACACCUACACGUGUCUGAUCUUCCAAAUUCUCCACUGCCCAAAACCAAUCCCAAAAACCCUCUACGAUUUCCUCGCAAACGAGCAUAAUCUCUUUGCUGGGGUCGGGAUUCGAUCCGAUGUUGAACAGCUUCUGAUAGACUACGAUCUAGUAGUGAAGAACACCGUCGAUCUGGGGCAUCUAGCGGUGGAGAGGGUGCCAGGUGUCAGAAAAGGAAUGGGGUUGAAAGAACUAGCAAGGAUUUUAAUGGAGGUUGAUGUUCAGAAACCAAAGAGGGUGACUCUGAGUAGGUGGGAUACUGAAUGGUUGAGUUAUCCUCAGAUUCAAUAUGCUUGUAUUGAUGCUUUCUUGUCUUUUGAAAUUGCUAGGAAAUUGUUGGCUAUUCAACAUCACCACCAACACUAAUUAUAUUUCUAAUUAGUGAAAUUUUCUAACUAAUUUGUGGUGUUUAUUGUUUAAUAAGUAAUUCUUAGGUUAUUAAGAUGGGUUUCAGUUGGUUUAUUGGAAUUCUAAUGUAAUGUAACUUGAGUAAUGUUUAAUUUUUUGCGUUUUUAGUAUGAUUGGAUUGGAUAAAUUGG